GAAUUUAUUUCAAGUAAUAUUUUUUAAUAGAAGUUUUAUCACUACUGUUACUGUGUGUAGAUACUGUUUUUCUAGAAUUUACAUAACAAUAGUUUUUCACUUUACUAUCCGCAUAAUUCCGUUAUCUAUUAGAUAAGAUAAACACUUUUGUUUAACUUAUUAUUCUUGUGAAUUUGUAAUUUAGUACUAAGCGACUUACGAUUUGACCUUAUUAUCAGCACAUCGAGUAAUAUUACAAUGUGGAUCCAACGUUUUAAUUCACUUAAACAUAUUCGAAAGCUUAAUACAGUAAAAUGUUUAUCAACAAAAGCACAAGAUGUCGAAAAUAUUGGUCCCAUUGUAUUUCAAAAAUUAGGAGGCGAGGAUAAAGGAAUAGCAGUGUAUGGCUUAAAUAGUCCAAAAGAGAGAAACGCUCUCGGCUUUGAUCUUAUCCAAGCUAUGAGAGAAGUCAAUCAAAUCAUCCGAGAGGACACAAAAAUCUCAGUUGUAAUACUGCACAGCUUAGUUCGUGGAAUAUUUUGUGCUGGAGCAAAUCUCAAGGAACGGUUCAAGAUGAAUGAUGAUGAGGUUGCAACUUUCGUGAGAGGUCUAAGAAACACAUUUAUAGAAAUUGAAGAUCUUCCGAUGCCUACAAUAGCUGCUAUUGAGGGGGUUGCUGUAGGAGGAGGUUUAGAAUUGGCAUUGGCGUGUGAUAUCAGGGUAGCUGCAGACUCGGCAAAGCUUGGUUUAGUUGAGACUGGACGAGGUCUCAUCCCUGGUGCUGGAGGUACCCAAAGGCUACCGAGAGUCAUACAUCUCAAUAUAGCUAAGGAAUUAAUUUUCACAUCUCGAAUAAUUAGUGGGAAUGAAGCUAAAGAACUUGGAUUAGUUAACCAUGUUGUUCCACAAAAUGGCAACAACAAUGCAGCCUAUGAAAAGUCACUGGAAAUAGCUCGUGAAAUUAUUUUAAAUGCACCUCUAGCUUUGAGAUGUGCUAAGCAGGCUAUCAACGAGGGUGUUCAGCUCAGCAUCACGGAUGGGUAUGAAGUAGAACAAAAGUACUAUGAGAAGAACAUCCCCACUAAAGACAGACAGGAAGGAAUGCUAUCAUUCAUUCAAAAGAGGAAACCACAAUAUCAAGGACAUUGACAGCAUAAUAAUUUUUUAAAUAUAUUCUCAUCAGGACCAAAUAAUAUAUUAAGUUUAUAAUUGUUAUUUU